CUCCUCCCAGAUCACCCUCCCAGCUCAGCCCCAGCAUGGCCGCGUCCGCCGUGUCCGUCUGCUCCAGCGACCUGAGCUACGGCAGCCGUGUCUGCCUGCCCGGUUCCUGCGAGUCCUGCCCCGACUCCUGGCAGGGGGACGACUGCCCAGAGAGCUGCUGCGAGCCCCCCUGCUGCGCCCCCAGCUGCUGCGCCCCGGCCGCCUGCCUGAGCCUGGUCUGCAGCCCCGUGAGCUGCGUCUGUCAGCCCCUGCCAGCUCCCGUCUGACACCAGCCCCUGCACCGCCCUCGAGCGCGCCCGCAGUUCAGCUGGCAGCCGUCCUGCUGGGUGUGCCCGUUUGUCGUGCAGCACAGCCUGUGUGUCUGUGUGCCCGUGUGCUCUGGGGGCUCUCCUCUCUGCUGCCAGCAGUCUAGCUGCCAGCCGGCCUGCUGCACCCGUUUCCCCUGCCAGCCGUCCUGCUGUGUGCCGUGUGCUGCAAGCCCGUGUUCGUGGGCCGGGUGUGCUCUUGGGCCUUCCUCUUCAUGCUGCCGAGCAGGUCUAAGCUGCCAGCCGGCUUGCUGCACCCUGGUCCCCUGCCAGCCGUCCUGCUGCGCAGUGCUUACUGGCGCCAGGGGCUUGCUGACCUCCCCGCCCCGCCUGAGCCCGCCUGCUGCAGACGUGCCUCGCUGCGUGUCCCCUCCUCUGGCCCGGCCCGUGGGCAGACCUGGCCUGCUGUGGGCCCCCGCCUCCUCCUCCUCCUGCCAGCCCAGCUGCUACCGCCCGGCCUCCUGCGUGUCCCUCCUCUGCCGUCCUGCCUGUCCCCGCCCGGCCUCCUGCGUGUCCCUCCUCUGCCGCCCCACCUGUCCCCGCCCGGCCUGCUGUGGCCUCUCCUCGGGGCAGGGGUCCAGCUGCUGA